UAUGUAUCUGUUCUCUUUUCAGAUAGCCUGGUUGCCUUAUGCAGGCAGACCACGUAUUGUAGUCAGCACACGUUGAACUUUCUAUUUGUUCUGUUAUGUGUGUGUGUGUGUGUGUGUGUGUGUGUGUCUGUCUGUCUGAAACAAAGACAGGGGUGUGUAUGGAAAGAAAAGCUUAUCCAGAAAAAGAGAUGACAGAUCCAUCUAAAAAUGAACAAGGAGAGCAAGUGAAUUAUCAGUUCUAUGGACAUAUGAAGAGAGUGUUUAUACACAGUGGAUGACAGCAAAACCAGGCUGGAUCGGCAUUGGAAUUCAAGCUGGUCUUUUCUGCAGGCUAGCAGCAAAGGGCGAGCACAAAACAGGGUCAGCAGAGCAGCAGAUUCUAAGUGGUGGUUCUCAGCUUCACGUUUAACAUCAUAAAGACAGUUGGCAGCAUCUUGUGGCCAUCCACUCAGCUGUGCAUCGCAAAGGCUGGCCAUCAACACGAUGCACACUCCUGUGUCCAUGCUGAUGGGGGUGGUGUUUGCACCCUUGGGACUUGUGCUGGUAUUCACUGCAGCGAUCACACCUCAGUGGAGGGAAGGACAGGCACGGUUGGGUACUGCAGGACGGGGUGGAACCACGGAACUCCUCCUGCUCCGUUCAGAUGGCCUAUGGGAGAGCUGCCUGCAGGUGGUGCACUCUGAGCUGAAAGAAUGCUGGCCAGUUUCGGGCUCCUACCAGCGAGAUGCUCGGGUUCGAUUGGUUCAGGGGAUGGUGCUGUCAUCUCUUUUCCUGUGCAGUGCUGGGAUUGUGCUCGCGAGUGUGGGGGUUCGCUGUUGGACUGAUAUCCCUCUUAGGAGUGUAGCAGCUGCUGGUGGCCUGUUGGUGGUGCUAGCGGGCAUGCUCAGUCUGGCUGCAUUAGGAGUGUACACUCGCCACCUCUCAAAGCUAGGGAUCGAGGUAGACUCAACUGUAUCUGAGAUGCAGGAGCUAAACAUACACAAGCCACCUCGACUAACGCUACACCCGGCCGGGUCACUCUACUUUGGAUGGGUUGGUGCUUGGGUGCAAGUGCUGGGAGGGGCUGCACUGCUGUUUGGGUUCAAAAGUGUGCAGUGUCCAUCCUGUCCCAAACAGAACCUCAAAGACAGUGUUGAGAUGUAUGAGGUGAACUGUUAGAUCGUCAACCCUAGUGGGACACAUCGAAGAAUAAACCCCUAAAGGAAAGUUCACAUGAAGCUCAAUUAACAGCAUUUGUGCCAUAUUGUUGAUUUCCCCACCAAAAAAUGUAAACUAGUCCCUUGAUAAUAAUAAUUAAAGAAAAAGCAGCAGCAAAAAUUGCAGUUACAGUAAGGCAAUGAAUGAGGCCAGUACAUAAACACAAAAAACAUUGUUUCAAAAGUAUAGCUAUAAAACCUAAACUUUAUCAUGCUAAAAUCAUGUUAGCAUACUGUUUAUGUGUUGUAGCUAUUCUUUUGAAACUGUUUAUUUUAGCAUUUGGACCCCUUUCACGUCCAUUGCAAGUGCCUUACUCUAACCCAUUAUAUUAAUAAAUAAAAGGGUUUAGUCUAAAUUAUUUUAAUGUAAUCAACAUUAUGCCACAAAUACUGUUGAUAGAUGAUCCAGAACAUUCCAUUAGGCUUUAGUUUACAUGACAACCACGAUUUGCUACUUGUUAGUCAGUUGCAGAUGGAUUUUGAGGGACAUUCUCAUUCUAGAGAGCAUUUGAUUUGAGAAUAAUCUGUGUAGCGCAAAAAGAGUCAUCAAUAUUUUUCACUGAAAAACAAAAAAGACAGUAACUUUUAAAUCUGCUAAAUGUUAACUUUAUCAACUUUUAAGAUUACACUACCAUAUAGAUCAAAACUAAAAUUUUGAUAUGGGCUUUUCUGGUUGUCGUAUGUGGUGUCUCUAUCUGCUUUGACAUCGCUCAGAUUUUACGGUUCAUUAUUCUUUUCAAAGCUGUCAUAAAAUGAAAGCAAUGUCACAAAACUGUAAGCAUUUGGGCUUUUCCCACUAGUAGGUGAGACAUUGUCAUAUGUGAUGUCACUUAAGGCUUAUAGCUGAUAAAAAGCUUUAAACUUGGACAUAAACCAGCAGUAUUUAUUUAUCUGUAAUAACUGUACUGACAUUGUAAAUAUGUGUUAUACCUGGAUAUGGCCUGUUUAUCUGAUUAAAUGUUUC